AUGCUGAGCACCGACAGGAUGGAGGAGUUUCAGAGCGAGGAAGAGGAGCCCUGGUACGACCAGCAGGACCUGGAGCAGGACUUGCAUUUGGCCGCGGAGCUGGGGAAGACGCUGCUGGAGCGCAACAAAGAGCUGGAGGACUCCCUGCAGCAGAUGUACGCCACCAACGAGGAACAAGUGCAGGAAAUCGAGUACCUGACCAAGCAACUAGAGAUGUUGCGGCAGAUGAACGAACAGCACGCGAAAGUCUACGAGCAGCUGGACCUGACAGCACGGGACCUGGAGCUAGCUAACCAGAAGCUUGUGCUGGAAAGUAAAACAUCCCAACAGAAGAUACAGUGCUUGACAGAAACGAUCGAGGGGCUGCAGAACCAAGUGGAGGAGCUGCAGAAGCAAGUGGAGGAAAUGCGGAGCUUGGAGCAGCUCCGCAUUCGGCGGGAGAAGAGGGAGCGCCGCCGAACCAUCCACACCUUCCCCUGCCUUAAGGAGCUGUGCUCCAGCCCCAGGUAUGAGGACGCAUUCCAGGUCCACAGCUCUUCCACGGAGUUCAACCAGAAGCCACUGGAGAGGGAGAAUGAGCGUCUCCAAGCCAUGGUGAACUCCCUGAGGUCCCAAGUCAACCAGGAGAAGCAGCGGAAGGAGAGGGUUGAGCGAGAGUACACCUCCGUUAUUCAGGAGUACUCGGACCUCGAGCAGCGGGUGUGUGAGAUGGAGAACUGCAAACUGCGCAUCAAGGAACUGGAAGCAGAGCUCCUAGAGCUACAACAGAUGAAACAAGUCAAGAAGUAUCUGCUCAGCAGAGAAGACAACUUGUCUGAGGCCCUCCUCGAGCCGCUGAAUAACGCCCCAGAAGCAGACUACAUCGACCUGUCUGAGGAGGAGGGAGGGAAAAGUCACGGGCCAUCCAUGACGCCUUCCCCAAACCACCCUGUCCGGAAAAGCUGCAGUGACACAGCCCUCAAUGCCAUCGUGACCAAGGAUGCCGUCAGCCGGCACGAGGGCAAUUACACGCUGCACGCUAACAACGUGCGCAAACGGGGCAUGUCCAUCCUGAGGGAAGUGGACGAGCAGUAUCACGCCUUGCUGGAGAAGUAUGAAGAGCUCCUGAGCAAAUGCCGGCAGCACAAGGACAGUGUGCGCCACACAGGGGUCCAAACGUCCCGGCCCAUCUCUCGUGACAGCUCCUUCAGAGACUUCCGGGGAGAGGGACACGAGUUGGAAGAGAGGAAAACCAUGGAGAAGACCAUCAGCAAACACGUGGAGGCGGUGGACAAGCGGCUGGAGCAGAGCCAGCCCGAGUACAAGGCUCUUUUUAAGGAGAUCUUCUCCCGCAUCCAGAAAACAAAAGCAGACAUCAAUGCCACAAAGGUGAAAAACAAGAGCAGCAAAUGA